UUACUUCCAUUCACAAAACUUUCUAGCUCCGCGGCAACCGCUCUCCUGAUACUGUGCCUUUAUUAUUUUUAUUUUAUUUUUUUUUAUUUUGACGGUUUAAAAAGAAAAAGGAAAGAAAAGUUGACGGCGGAACUUUUUAGCGAGGUGUCCCGGUGAAGUCUCAUCACCCAGCGGAAAGGUUGAGCGCUCCUGUCUAUUUGGGGGGUGUGACAGCACUCUCUGUACAGCUGUGCCGGGCUUGUUUAUGAGUUGAACAGGUUCCUUUACGGUGCGGUAGGAGGAAAAGACAACUCACACACACACACAAACACACAUAAACACACACACACACAAAUACCGGUCAAGUUCUUGAGACGCAGGCAGUGACCGUCCGGAGGACUUUUUGGUUAAGGACUGCGAUUUAAAUUGAGCAGAAUGAGCUCCAUGCCAGCUGCUGUCAUGAUUCAUCCAUCAGAUACGGGGGACUUGAAGAAGUGUAGUGAGUAACUAAACCUGGCACCUUUUUAAAAAUGAUUUCUUUGAUGCUUACAGGUGAUAUUAAAAGUUGUGCGUGUUUUUCUGUGAGUCAUAGUAACCGAGUGUAAGUGUAGAACAAUGACAGUUAAAAAAUGAGGCGGGAAAACUUUUUUUGUCAACGUAAAUCCUGUCUUAAACUGACAGUAUGUUGCCUGGUCUGUUGUUGAGUUCAUCCGUUAAGGAUGACGUCAUUGCGCAUUGAAGUGCCCGCUCUGACAGAAGGUUUUGCUGGAAAUGUGCUGAGUCUGCUAAUCUUGUACAAGAGCAGAAAGAGGGGGCAGAGGGGUUACAAACUGGAUGCUGGGCUUUAAAUUUUUACAUUUGUCUGUAAAAUGUGAGCUUGUGAAACACUUCGAGUACAGCUGACUGUGGCACGCUGUUACAUACUGCUGAUACAUAAAACUACUAAUAAACCUGCUUUCUGUAUUAGCUGAGAAUCCAAAACUUAAAUACUUUGAUCAAUCUCCGAUCUUGCUGGAAUUUUGGUGUUGUGAUCACCUAGUUACUGGUUUAUUUUCAAGCACACAAGCACACGCACACCUAUGAAGUCACCUCUACUUGCCUGGGGUUGGAAAAUGGGGGCUGAGGCAGGUUCGAACCUGUCACGAGUAGGCCUGAAGUGCAGCCCUCCCUUCGCAGGCUCCCACCCUCAUUCCUUCUCUCUUCCAUUCAUUGUGUCCUCCUCCUCCUGCUUUCCUCUCCCUCUCUCGAUCACUGCCACUUGCCCUUUCCAUUUUCCUCGCCAUCAACCUAAUGUCACUCUCCACCUCCCACCCGUCCUCUCACUCAAACACACACACACACACACACACACACACACACACACACACACACACACACACACACACACACACACACACUUUCUUUCCACUUCUUAUGGAUGCCUUUACUUUUGCCCUCUCUUUCCCAACUCGUCUCUUCGGCUCUCAGUCUUUCCCAUAACAUCAGCACGCGCUUUGCUGUCUUCUCAUUGCUCUCGGCUCACGCUUACACAAGGGGUGGGGGAGUGUGCAACCUGUGAAUAUGCUUCUCAUAACCACCAUCUCCUCCCACAGCAACACUGGUAACAUUUGUUGACCCUUGUCACCUGUUGACACCUGGCUGAGGAUUUGAAGACCUUCUUACUUUGUGCUUCAACAGCAGUCUUCAAAUAAUUCACAAUUGCUCCACAUCGGCGGCUUAAUAUCCUCGCAGCAGAGGCAACUGGGUCGGUUCUGGGUUGGCACUGCAAGCUGGUUUAUUACUGUGACUCUCAUCAGCAUUUGUGUUGAUAAUUUUAUCCCAGUGACUUGAUGUAAGACAUGGCGAGCACUUAUCCUUUCAUCACACCAGUAUUAUUAACUGAUACCCCGAUGAAAGCCUAAUUGUAGCCUGAAACAAUUGCACUACACUUAGUCCCCACUCCAAGUGAAAAGUAAAGCUCCCAAUGCUGGAAGGCUUUGAUGCCCUUCUUGUGUUUACGUGUAAUUACUAACGAGUAAUGAAAGGCUGGAAAAAACAUGGUUUGUACGCUAUAGGGCUCGUCCUAAUACCUAGUGUAUGCUCUCACCCCCGUCCGUUGGCACCAAAGGGAUCAUUUUCGUCAACUUAAUAUUGUGUCUCAGGAAGAAACAUCCAUCAUCUGUGGCAACUAUCUCAUUACACACGGCUUCCACAAUAAAGGCACGAUAAUAGGUGAACAGUAUGUGAAUUAUCCGUGUAAAUACAAAACAUAAAACAGGGAACCUCAGGCUGCCUGCUGGGUGAGCUCAUCUGAGCUGUGAUCUGAGACUGCAGGUAAAUAAAUUCUUCUCACUUCUUCUGUUUGUGCAGGCUUGUGUAUGACAUGAAUGACAAACAGGACAGGCCUUAUAUGUGCGGCGCCCCAGGCUGCUCUCAGCGCUUCCAGUUAGAGGAACAUCUGAUCAUCCACAGGCACAAGCAUGAGAUGACCCUCAAGUUCCCCUCCAUAAAGACAGAUGCAGCAUUCACAGACCAGACUCCGACGCCGACACGAUUUCUGCAGAACUGCGAAGAGGUUGGUCUCUUCAAGGAGAUCGAGAAAGAAUUUCUUCAAGCACAAGAGGAGGAAAACAAGAAGCAGUCGCUUUCUCAUAAUGGGCCCUCCUGUAUGAGCCAGCACCAGCUCAAACCCCAACAUCAGCUCCAGCACCCACCCCAGCCUCAGCACCCACAUCCCCAACCACCGCUGCAUCAUCCCCAGACUCAUGCACUGCAUCAUCCCCAGACACAUGGCCCCAUGAUGGCCCCUAGCUGCAGCCUGGCCGCCCAGCAAGCCCUGUCCUCCUCCCAGUCUGGAUCAGUCAUCACCCAGGCUACCUCCACCCUAACACACUCCGAGCCGGUUCCCGGGCCGCUGUCGUGCCUCCUUCACAUGCGGAACAGACACAGGCAGCCGCUGCCAGCCUCCUUACCUGGCACCCUGCCAGACCCCGCCAUGCAAGGGGCAUCUGCUCAGCACAUGACUAUGGAGAAGCAGAUGUCUUGUGCAAUGGGUAUACCGGCUCCUGUACACAACCCCUCCUGUUCUUCACCCCAGAGAUCCAAGCAGACAUUGGGCCACCAUUAUCAACAGCACCACCCAGGAAUGAUCACCAUCAGUAACAAUGUGCCACCCAUGGGCCACAUGAUAGAGAUGAUGCCACAGCGUCACCAGACACCUCCACUACAACAACAACAACCACAACAGCAGCACCACCAUCAUCAUCAUCCUCAGCCUCAUCCCUCACAGCUUCCGCCUGUGCCUCUUACCUACCAACAGCGGUGCCAUGCUCCCCACCCACAGCAUCUUGGUAGCACCCAGAGCCACCAGCUGCACCAGGCAGGGAAUUUACCACCUCACGCUCAGGCUCACCAAUCACCGCCUUCACAUUUACACCCAGGCUCCCCACCUGCACCUCCACUGUCUGCUCCUGCGCAGUUAUCACCAGUUGCACAGCAGAUGCAGCCUUCUCAGCCAUCUCACACUCAUGCAGUGCAGGCAGGCGGUAGCUGCAGUGGAGGUGGUGUAGGAGGGGGCGGAAACCGUCGAAGGAGGACAGUAGAGCAGGACCCCGACGAGCGAAGGCAGAAGUUUCUGGAACGUAACCGGGCCGCAGCCACCCGCUGCCGACAGAAGAGGAAGCUGUGGGUGUCAUCACUGGAGAAGAAAGCUGAAGAGCUGACGCACACAAACCUUCAGCUACAGAACGAGGUGACGUCACUGAAGUCGGAGGUGGGUCAGCUGAAGCAGAUUCUGCUCACCCACAAGGACUGUCCUGUCACUGCUCGGCAGAGGGAGGCACAGGGGUACCCCACUGCAGGGGUGAGCCCUGGAAGAAGUCCCACCCCUGCAGGUCCUGGGUUUGAUCUGCAAGCCAUCCAACAUAACAGCAUCUCCACUUCCUCGACGUCUGGAGGCGAUUCGGGCCACGACCUCCAGCCCGGACACUAGCCUGCAACGUAUAGGUGAAAUCCCAAACUGGAUAGGAUUGGGAUUUUAUAAAUCCACGUGAACGCUUGAGGUAUUUUUCAACACGAUCAGCAGAUUUUCUGUGAGAAGAUCGGAAACACUUACUGAGAGAGAGAUAGAUCUGUCGCUUCAUUUCUCCAAACAGGUGCAUAAAAUGCACUUUCUGAAAGCCUUGUUAAAACUGUGAUGGCAACUGGAUCCUGUGUUUAUUCAGAUAAUGUCUGUUUUCUUUUGACAUGAGCCUAACGUUGCCUCCUACCUACUCGCUAUGCACACACACAGUCAUGACACAUCUUUUUAGUAUCAUUCUCUGGCAUAUCUUGCACUAAUUCAGAAAAAGAGACUAUAACUUUUUUUUUUGUUUGUUUUAAUUGGGCAGCUCCAAGUGCACCUUUUUCCAUUUUUGAGCAGAGGCAGCUUACCUUAAAUAACACAACAAAGUUUUUGUUGUUUUGGGUGUUUUUUCUACAGGUAAUUCAAAUUACAAGAUAAAUAUUUUAUCCUAAAAUUUCCCAUUUCAUUGAUUUGUAAAUAUUAGUUAAUUAAACCUGCAACUGUGUUGGAAAGCCACUGAAAACAGUAUUUUCUUUAAGGCACUUUUUUGUGACUGCCUUGAGUCACUGAGUAAUUAUAAACUACACUUCAUGUCUCAGUCCCUGCUAGUUUAAUUUAACUUACACAGAAGUUACACUUUUUGUACUGUAAAGACGCUGACAAUCGCUGUAAACCUAAUGCAAAAAUUAAAAAAAAUAUUAUUAUGGUAUCUUUUUGUGAAUCAUUGAAAUGUGUUUUUACAACGUCAGAUCUGUCAGAUUCAUAUUUGUUUGCCUUUAAUUUUGGUCAGCUGGUGGCUGUGAGCAGUGAGACUGUGGUUCUGUACUUGCGGUGCGGUCUAUCCUGCCAUCUAGUGACUGUUUUUAUUAGUGAGAGCAAAAAUAAGAGUAGUCAUCAAAGUGUGACCAGGAUUGUUUCUGUCUCGUCUCAUACGCAGACAGAAAGACUUAAGAUGAACUUUCUGCAUGUUCUUCCUGUGGAGAUGUGAAGGUCAGCCCUGUGAUGGCCUGGCUACCUGUGCAGGGUGUACCACCUCAAAGUCUGCUGAGAUCCUGGAUAACUGGGCAACUACUAACAAAAGUGUCCCAGACUUCAAAGGAUAGCUCUCCCAAAAUGUAACCUAUUGUUAACCAGUUUUUGAAAAUAUCAGCCACAGACAUGACUGGCUUCUCUUGAAAAUAGUAAAAGUAAGCAAUACUUUACUUGUGAUGCUUAAAGUCCCCCCAAAAUGUAUUUUACUAAACUCUUUUGAGGAUUUAUGACCUAGUUACUCAAAUAUAUCCACAAGCUUCGCUGUGGGGUCGUUAUGCAUGCAUCUAUCCAUGACUAGAGGCGCGAUGUCCACCCUCAUAUGCUAGCUCCAAGGUU